AUGUCAGGGAUGGAAAAACUUCAGAAUGCUUCCUGGAUCUACCAGCAGAAACUAGAAGAUCCAUUCCAGAAACACCUGAACAGCACCGAGGAGUAUCUGGCCUUCCUCUGCGGACCUCGGCGCAGCCACUUCUUCCUCCCCGUGUCUGUGGUGUAUGUGCCAAUUUUUGUGGUAGGGGUCAUUGGCAAUGUCCUGGUGUGCCUGGUGAUUCUGCAGCACCAGGCUAUGAAGACGCCCACCAACUACUACCUCUUCAGCCUGGCGGUCUCUGACCUCCUGGUCCUGCUCCUUGGAAUGCCCCUGGAGGUCUAUGAGAUGUGGCGCAACUACCCCUUCUUGUUCGGGCCCGUGGGCUGCUACUUCAAGACAGCCCUCUUUGAGACCGUGUGCUUCGCCUCCAUCCUCAGCAUCACCACCGUCAGCGUGGAGCGCUACGUGGCCAUCCUACACCCGUUCCGCGCCAAGCUGGAGAGCACCCGGCGCCGGGCCCUCAGGAUCCUCGGCAUCGUCUGGGGCUUCUCCGUGCUCUUCUCCCUGCCCAACACCAGCAUCCACGGCAUCAAGUUCCACUACUUCCCCAACGGGUCCCUGGUCCCAGGUUCGGCCACCUGUACGGUCAUCAAGCCCAUGUGGAUAUACAAUUUCAUCAUCCAGGUCACCUCCUUCCUAUUCUACCUCCUCCCCAUGACUGUCAUCAGUGUCCUCUACUACCUCAUGGCACUCAGACUAAAGAAAGAUAAAUCUCUUGAGGCAGAUGAAGGGAAUGCAAAUAUUCAAAAACCCUGCAGAAAAUCAGUCAACAAGAUGCUGUUUGUCUUGGUCUUAGUGUUUGCUAUCUGUUGGGCCCCGUUCCACAUUGACCGACUCUUCUUCAGCUUUGUGGAGGAGUGGACUGAAUCCCUGGCUGCUGUGUUCAACCUCAUCCAUGUGGUGUCAGGUGUCUUCUUCUACCUGAGCUCAGCUGUCAACCCCAUUAUCUAUAACCUACUGUCUCGCCGCUUCCAGGCAGCAUUCCAGAAUGUGAUCUCUUCUUUCCACAAACAGUGGCACUCCCAGCAUGACCCACAGUUGCCACCUGCCCAGCGGAACAUCUUCCUGACACAAUGCCACUCUGUGGAGCUGACCGAAGAUACAGGUCCCCAGUUCCCAUGUCAGUCAUCCGUGCACAACUCUCACCUGUCAACAGCCCUCUCUAGUGAACAGAUGUCAUGAAGAAACUAUCAAAGCUGCCACUUUAACAAAACCUGAAUUCUUUCAGAGCUGACUUUCCUCUAUGCCUCAAAACUUCAGAGAGGAACAUCCCAUAAUGUAUGCCUUUUCAUAUGAUAUUAGAGAGGUAGAAUAGCUCUGACAACUCAUGUACCCAUUGCUAAUUUUUUUUUUUAAUAAACGUGAAAACUGAGAGUUAGAUCUGGUUUCAAAAUCCAGAACUGCCUGAUUUUUAGUUAUCUUUCCACUAUCCGAACUGCCUCAUGCCCCUUCACUAGUUUUUUCAAGCCAAGAACAUGACUGGAAAAGCAUGGCACCUAUAUCUUGAUUAAUUUCCAUUAAUGGAAAUGGUUUGU